AUGGCAACAAACUUAACAUCAAAAACAAAAGGGACACCCUCAAAACCAGCUAAUAACAGCAAGAAACCAGACACGAUCUUCGAACCAAUUGUUACAAGAUCAAAAACAAAACAGAUGCUCCCCGAACCAGUUACUAUCAUCAAAAAACCAGAAACGGCCUUCGAACCAAUUAUUACAAGAUCAAAAACAAAACAGAUGCUCCCCGAACCAGCAACUAUCAUCAACGAAACAAAACAAGAGACCAUCGAACCACCUACUACCAGCAAGGGAAAAAAACAAGAGACCAUCGAACCACCUACUACCAGCAAGGGAAAAAAACAAGAGACCAUCGAACCAUCUACUACCAGCGAGAUACCAGUUACACAGGAAUUUCUCAACUCAAUAUCCAAAGAAGUGGCGAAAGAAUUUAUAAACCGUAUUUAUGAGCGUACGAGUUGUGAUUUUUUUACCAACGACAAACACAUCUUUCCAUCAAUCGACUUGGAGGAGCUUGAAACUAUGGGAAGUAUUCGUGACCAAAACGGUGAUUAUUUAACUAAAUGGAUGCGAUGUUACGGUUCACCCGACCACACUGAUCAAUCACUACCUAACCAUCCCAGAGCUCACUUAAGAUCAGGCUGCAAUUCCCAUUGGCCAGAAUCAGUUCAAGAUGCUUUCAAUAAAUUCGCCGAAGCCAAGGAAGCAAAAGUCAAGGAACAGAAAGACAAGGAACCAAAAGGCAAGGAACAAAAAGACAAGGGACCGCUGGAAACAUUAAUUUAUUCUCAUCACAUUGUGCUUCGUUCGAAAUUAGAUAAACUACCACUACUUUCCCGCACGAAAGCAGGUUAUCAAGCAUCACAUCUAUGUGAUACAAAGGGGUGUUUAUCCGAAAGUCAUCUUAUUGUCGAAACUUUUGAACAGAAUCAAGCUCGAAAAUCUUGUCAAGGCAUAUUUGUACAUAUCCACAAAUAUUCUGAUGGCAAAAAAGAAAUCAUUCAAGUCGAACCAUGUCAACAUGGAAUUGGUUAUCGAUCAGAACCGGAUCCAUUCAAAUACAGUUGUCGCAAGAUGAAAAUUAUGAUGACAGAUGAUAAUAAACUUAAAUAUCUUUGUGGAUAG